UUGCCAAGAUUUGAAGCAACAAAGUGAGACACCAGAUGCAAUAUCAAGGUCCGAUAUUUGGCUUCGUGCCUAUGAAGUGAAGAAAAAAGCAGGCGAAGAAGUUGAGGAUCCGGAAAUAGUGAAACUAGUACGAAAGUACAAGGAAGAAGAAGAACAACUAGUACGAAAGUACAAGGAAGAAGAAGAAGUAACACAACCAUGUUCGAUAAAAACUGAUGUUGUUGCAAAGGCACUUGGUCCUGACCCGCGAGGACGAGUUAGAGGACUUGGGUUUGGUGCACUCCCUUCAAAAGUGGAUGGUCAGACACACGUUGCUAAUAAGGUCACUAUGCUAGAGAAUGCUCUUGCUGCUCAAACACAACAGGUAGACCGAUUGACAGAGUUAGUGCAAGGUCUCGUUGCUCAGCUAGACAAAGGAGAGAAUGUCAAUGAAAACACAAGUGUGCAACAUUCUGCUAAUUGGAUUGCACAGAGAAAACGAAAAGAGAAUCUGAACUGUUCUAGUGAUAUAGCACAAAGCAAGCAGAAAGAUGCUAGUGUUAUAAGUUCUAACAGGGAGAGGGGCAGUAGGGAGCAAAUCAAAGAAAAUACCUAUGGAAAGGAGCCACAUUUGGGAAAUGGUAGACCAAAAAAGAGCCAAAAGACAGAUGCAGCGGAAAAAGUGUACUUGCUAAGUUGGUUUGCUAAAGAAGAAGAAGUCGUUGCUACUGGUGGCAUUUUGUCAAAAGAUCCAGAAGCUUUGGUGCAUCAUGUGCCUCUUGGCCAUGAUUGUUGGAAAAUUUCAGUGCACGAAGUUUUUCAUGAUAUAGCUUUGUAUCGACCGACAAGUGAGUUCAAUAAGCUUGAUGCAUCUCGAGGAAGUGUAAUCGCAUGGCCUAUCAAAUAUAUUAAGGUGAAUUCGGCUGUCAAUUGAGGUUGUUUAUGUAGAAAAUGAUCCAGGUUGUGGAAGUGAUGCUGAAACAUCAGGAGGACCUGUACAUCCUCAAACCUUGAGGCUGUGAGCAGAACAUCAUAGAGCAAGGAUGAUAUAGCUAGCAUGUUUUAUAUUUGAAUAUUAGUUUAAUUAUACUAUGAUUUUGUAGUAUGAAGUUUAGUUGACAUAAUUUACUACAUGAAUGCUUCCUUUUAUUAUCCUUGAAUGAAAGGAUUUAAUUGAAACAUUGCUAUUAGAAGUGUGAAUGAGGACAUCUUUUACGACACGCAAAA